GUAGAUCUUGUGAUCAAUUCGACGAUACCCAUUGCUACAGAAGUGAAAGCUUAUCGAGAAUCUCGGGAUUUAUGGAGAAACCAAAUUAUUUUACCGAGAGGGCUAAUUUUGAAAAGUGAAAGCUUAAGGGGGAGGCUAUUUUCGACCUUUUCUAUUCUAAAACCCUAACCCCCUUCCUUCCUUUUCUUAUUUUCUUUGUUCUCUUCUCUCCCAGUCUCCCGAUCCUCCGCCGUGGCCCAUUUUUCUUCUCUGUUCUCCCAUAGCUUCAUCCUCUUGUGAGGAUUUUGUAGUUUCUCCUAUUCUUCUUCUCAACAAGGAACCAACAGGUCAGUCUCCUUUCUCCUGGCAGUUCUUACAGUCAUGUAUAACUUGUUUCGCAGAAUCCUUCUACUUAGAUCUCCAUCGUCAGUCUUUUCUCACGGAUUUUCCGAAACCCCCUUGAAAUCUCUAAGAUACUUAUCCACCUCUUCUGAGAUUGUAUCAUCUCCUAAAUCUGCUUCGUUGGCUUCUAAUGAUGUUCAGCUCAAGAAUAAUGGGAAGGCUGUAAUUGCGUUACUUGCCAAUCAUGGAUUCUCUCAAUCACAAAUCUCUGAUCUUGCCAAGAGGUGGCCUCAAAUUCUUUGUGCGAACCCCGAGAAAAUCCUAUUGCCCAAAUUGUUGUUUUUACAAUCUAGAGGUUUUUCUUCCCCAGAGAUUGCCAAAUUAGUAUGUGCAAUUCCUGUUGCUAUAAUGGCAAGUUUAAACAAACGAAUUAUUCCAGCCUUUGAUUACAUUCAGGCCGUGCUUGGAAGUAAGGAGAAGGCUCUCGCUGCCAUAAGGCGCUUUCCCGGUAUUCUCUCUUGGGAUCUUCGAGUUUCAGUUGGUCCCAAUAUUGAAAUUCUGAAACAAUUUGGAGUGCCGGAUUCGACUAUUUCAUCUUAUCUUCAGCGGCAGCCUAAAAUGUUCUUGACAAGUUCCAUCCGAUUCAAGGAGAUUGUAGAGAGAGUUGCGGAAAUGGGAUUCAACCCUCAACGAUUGCAGUUUCUUGUUGCUGUUUUUGCUCUGCGAUCAAUGACCAAAUCUUCAUGGGAUAAGAAGGUUGAAGUUUAUAGGAAAUGGGGAUUGUCUGAAGAAGAGAUCCGUUUAGCUUUUAGAAAGAAUCCAUUGUGUAUGACAUUGUCCGAGGAAAAUAUUAAUGAUACAAUGGAUUUUUUUGUCAACGAAAUUGGAUGCGAAUCAUCUUAUCUUGCUAGAAGACCAAGUUUAUUUGCAUAUAGUUUGAAGAAGAGGAUUUUGCCUAGAGGCUAUGUUCAUCAAGUUUUGCUGUCAAAGGGUUUGAUUGAAAAAUACGAGAAAUUUACUUGGAUGUUUUUCUGUCCUGAAAACUGUUUCAUAGAGAAAGUCAUCAACCCUCAUAAGAAGCAGAUUCCUGGAUUGUUGGAGUUGUAUAAACAGAAAAUAAUGGAUUCUAGCAGAUGAACAGGCCGAUGAAACACCCGUCCUCUCUUCAUCCUCUAAUCCUCAAAUAGAGCAUCGACAUCAAGAUAAAGGAGAUAUGAAGUCCUGGCAAAAAGAAGCCAAUUCAAGAUUAUCAAGAAUCUUUUCGGUACAUCUUUUCAAUACAUCAAGAGAAAGGAGAUAUGAAGUCCAAGAAAGAAGAAGGCCAAUUCAAGAUUAUCAAGAAUCUUUUCCAAGACGACGACGAACGGCGAGAAAAGCCAUUUAUUGAUCAAAACAUAAGAGUCUGUCCACAUGUUGAUGGAAGGAGAGGGAACCAACAUAGUGAAGAUUGACCUUCCUAGUUAUGAUGCUAAACCAAAUAUUGAAGUUUUCCUUGAUUUGUUGAAAAUACCGAAUAUUUUUAAUUACAUGAAUACUCUCGAGAUGAAGGAAGGUGCAUCUAGUAGCAUUGAAGUUGAAGAUCAGAGCAUCUGCUUGGUGGGAGCAAUUUAAGGGUAAUAGGUGAAGAAAUGGGAAGAGACCUAUUGCCUCAUGGGAGAAAAUGAAGAAAUUGAUGAAGGCUCGUUUUCUUCCUCUCAACUAUGAGCAGACUCUUUAUAAUCAGUACCAUAAUUAUCGAUAAGGAACGAACAACACCUUAUCGCUCAGUUUGUAGGAGGUUUAAGGUUUGACAUGAAAGAAAAGGUAAAAUUACAACCUUUUUUAGUGUUUUCGAGGCUAUUACCUAUGCCGAGUCGGUAGAAGAGAUCAAGGGACACAUUCAAUCGAGUAUCAUUCCUUGUGCUGUUCCAACUCUUUUGACUUCGAAGAAGGAUGGUAGCUGGAGAAUGUGUGUAGACAGCCGAGCUAUGAACAAAAUCACAGUCAAUUUCCACUUCCCUAUUCCAAGAAUUAAUGAUCUCCUUGAUCAACUUUAGGAGCUAUUGUUUUCUUAAAGGUAGACCUAAGAAGUGGCUACCAUCAAAUCAGAAUAAAGUUGGGAGAUUAGUGGAAAACGACCUUCAAGACAAACAAGGGGUUAUUCGAGUGGCUAGUACCUUUAUGCGGUUGAUGCAUCAAGUGCUACAUUCAUUCUUGAAUAAAUUUGUGAUAGUCUACUUUGAUGAUAUCUUAGUCUAUGAGAAGAAUGAACAAGAUCAUAUAGAGCACCUGAAGUUGGUUUUUGAAGCCCUUCCAAGGAAUGAAUUGUUUAUCAAUUUGAAGAAGUAUAUUUUCUACGAUGAAGAAAUAUCAUUCCUAGGGUUUUUUAUAUUCGAAAAUCAAGUGAAGAUGGAUGAAAGCAAGGUGGAAGCUUGAACUAAAUGGCCAAUUCCUAAAUCAGUGAAAGAAAUUCAAGCUUUUAUGGGAUUGACUUCUUUUUAUGGGAAGUUUAUCAGGACUAUGACUCAAUAAAAAGAAAACUUGGCUGCCAUCCAGUUCUCUAAGUUACUGGAGUUUGCAUCCUUUUGAAGUGGCAGUGGACUCCAGAGGAGUGGGAUUUGGAGCUGUUUUUUCCCAAGGUGAUCAUUCGGUAGAAUUCUUCAGCGAAAAAUUGAGUACUUUUAGGCAAAACUGGAGCACAUAUGAGUAGGAGCUUUAUGCACUUAUUAGGGCCUUAAAAUAGUGGGAGCACUACUUAUUAUCUAAAGAGUUUGUGCUGUCAUUGAUCUUUCUCCUUGGGAGUAUCUCCAAGCUUAAAAAAGCAUUAACAAGAUGCAUGCUUGGUGAGUAUCCUAUAUCGAACGAUUUGAUUUUUCAAUCAAACAUCAAGCUGGUAAAAAUAGAGUUGUGGAUGCCUUAAGCAUAAAAGGGACUCUCCUAACUGUGCUCUCUGCCAAGAGCAAAAGGUUCUUAUUACACUCCUCUAUCAAUUCCAAAGAACAUAUGGGAAGAUUUGUCAAUUGAUUUUGUGGUGGGUCUACCUAAGACUUAGCAAGAUGUCUCUUCCUAGCUUGCAAAAAAAAAAACUAUAGAUGUGGUGCACGUUGCCACUCUCUUUUUCAGGAAGAUUGUUAGACUAUGGCAUCCCAAAAACAAUAGUUUCUGACUGAGAUACUAAAUUUCUUAGCCAUUUUUGGAAAACCUUGUGGAAGAAAUUUGACACCACCUUGAAGUUUAGUACCACUGCUCAUCCACAAACUGGUGGACGAACAUAGGUAACUGACUGUUCCUUGCGAAAUCUAAUUGGACAUGGUUUUUGCCCAAGUUGGAUUUGCUUUUAAGAAUAUGAAGAACAUAACUACGGGCAAAUGUCCCUUUGAAAUCGUGUAUACCAAGGCAAUGAGGUUGACAUUCGACCUAACUAGCCUCCCUAAAUUAGUAGAAAUUCAAGAAGAGGCUGAAGAGUUAGCUUACAGAAGCUCCACACCGAAGUCAUUGAUCACAUCACUAAGACUAGCGAGUCCUACAAAGAAGAGAAGAAUAAGAAGAGAAGGGAAGUUCAUUUCCCAGUUGGAGAUCUUGUAAUGGCAAAUUUGAAGAAGAAGAGGUUCCCCAUUAGAACUUAUGAAAAGCUAAAAUAUCAACAGAUAUAUGCCCAUAUAGAAUACUUGCUAAAUAUGAGCCAAAUGCCUACAAGAUUGAAAUGUCAGCUCAAUCUUCAAUAUAGCAAACCUUAGAAGCUACAAUGCACUCAAUGAAUUCAAUAUAGCAAACCUUAGAAGCUACAAUGCACUCAAUGAAUUCCAGCUUUCAUGAUAAACUCGAGAUGCUAGGGGGUGGAAUGAUGUAAAUUGUCUUUUAACGUAUGUUUUAAUUCACUGUUAUAUUUUAUUGUUAUGCAUUAAUUAGUUUACUAAAACUACCUUAGUUAGUUACUAUGUAACCAACUACUUGUACUAUUCUUGCCCGUAAAUAAAACAUCUCCUCCCACAUUGAGAGGUAAAUUACUCACUCAAAUAAAGAGAUUCCUUGGUUUACCCCAUUUGUUUAA